GAUGGGAAAGCAGCUGUCGCAUUUCAUAGAAACCACGAAAGGCGAACCACCAACGCCUGCCCAGUGAGACCACGUCAAGAACUUAGUUAGCGGAACAGUAGAACAAAAUAAACAAGUAAUAAAUCUCGUUUCUUUUUCUCUUUUCAACUCCCACCAUCACCAACCAAAUCAGCACGGGGAAAAGUUUUGUGGGUUAUUUUACUUUUAGAAGUAUCUCUCCAAGUCCAAUCCAAAAUUUCCGCGUCUCAAUCUUAUUAACAGUGAAGCUUUUAACUCCGGCAUUCUGCUGUAGAGGGCCAUUGUAGUUGGCGUUCACUUGAAGAAGUUAGCAGUACUUGCGUGGUUACAUAAUGUGGAACGGAACUCAGAGCGUUGGUGAAUCUUCUAGCUCAACUUCCUUGAGCAGUCAGCAAGAUGUGGAAGAUGAUAGAAUGAUUGCCUUUGUACUUUCAGAAGAGUAUGCAAAGUUAGAUGGUGCAGUUGCUAAGCGCCUUUCCAACCUGGCCCCUGUUCCUCAUGUGCCUCGGAUAAAUACCUAUAUUCCCAACUUAUGCGAUGCUAGUUUGGAUCACCAACGGCUUCUUCAGAGGCUACAAGUCUAUGGUUUAUGUGAAGUGAAGGUCUCUGGGGAUGGAAACUGUCAGUUUCGUGCACUUUCAGAACAGAUGUACAAGUCACCUGAGUAUCACAAGCAUGUUCGAAAAGAGAUUGUGAAACAGCUCAAAGAAUAUCGCUCUUUAUAUGAAGGCUAUAUUCCAAUGAAGUACAAACAUUACUACAAGAAAAUGGAAAAAAAUGGUGAAUGGGGGGAUCAUGUUACUUUACAAGCAGCAGCUGAUAAGUUUGCAGCAAAGAUAUGCCUCUUAACAUCUUUCAGGGAUACUUGUUUUAUUGAAAUUACUCCACAAUACCAGGCACCUACACGUGAGUUUUGGUUAAGUUUUUGGUCUGAGGUACACUACAACUCACUAUAUGAAAUCCGAGAUGCGCCAGUUCAACGAAAGCCUAGGAAGAAACACUGGUUGUUCUAGAGGAAGCGGAUAGCUGAUAUCAUCACAUCAGUCAUGAGAUUGGAUGCAUUUUAGCACUGUGCAUAUUUUCCAUACAUACUAUAUUCUUGUUUUUUUUUUUUUUUUUUUAAAUUCUUAUUCUUUUCUUAAUUCUUACUAAUUAUAUUCUCCAGCGGUAUUUUGAUUUUACUACUAUGAAUACAAUACAGUAUUACUUAGAUGUAUCAUGUUAUUCAUUUUCUUGCUUCAAGAGUGAUUUGUCUUCCA